AUGGCGACAGCCCCCGCUGCCAAUUCCACACAGCACCAGGGGCCCAAGCUCCCUCCUCAUAGUGGAGAUGUAGAUGAGGAGCUAGGAAGAAUUCGUUUAGCUUUGGCAGCGGUCUUUUCUCCUUCUAAUUCCGGAAAUGGCUCGGAACAAUGGUGGGCCCAACGACAACUUGCCGAUCAGUAUUUGACUUCGUUCCAAGCCACUUCAGUUUCCUGGAUGGUUUGUGAUCGUCUGUUACAAGGAGAUAUUUCCGACGUCGUUGCCCAAGACGCCCUGCCAUCCCUACGGGAUUCCUUAUUGGCACAUCUGAAUCGAUACGCCGCAGACGGAUCUGAAGGGCCUUUAUCGACCCGCUUAGCUAUGUGCAUUUCGGCGCUUGCUGUACAGAUGCAGUGGACUACCGUUGUUUCGGACUUGCUCGCGACACCUCAGAAUGUGCAUGUUGUCAUGUUGAUACUCCGGGCGUUGCCGGAAGAGUGUGCGUCAGAUCGACUCGUGCUAGCCGACGAUGCCUAUCGCUUCAAAAUGCGUGAUCAUUUGGUAUCCUUUGCACCCAACGUGUUGCAAUUUCUGCAUGCGCACGUUACGGACGCCUCACGAGUGCUCAAGGUACUGCACCUUUGGAUUCGAUACGUCCCGGUGCAUCCCCAGACCUUGGUGGAAUCGCCUUUGUUGAAUGCCGCCGUCCAGGCUUCACUGCCCCUGGACGAAGCCUUGCAAUCGGACGAUGAAGACGUAUUGCGUGCCUAUUGUCGAGUUGUGACGGAAAUGGGAGAGUCCUACAUGAGUUUAAUUCUGUCGCCGCAAUACCUGGAAGCGUCGCAACUCGUAUCCUGGGUACUAAAAUGCUCGGGGAUGGCGAAUCAAGAGAUUGCUUCGAUUACGUUGCACUUCUGGUACCGAUUGGUCAUGGACCUUGAGAGUGUCGACCCAUACGAUUGGCGGCAAGAAUUGAUCGAUGCGUAUACCCCUCAUUUGCUUCAGCUUAUCGAUGUUUGCAUCAAAUCGUUGAUGCGGUAUCCAGCCGAUAUGGAUACAAUCCCAGAAGAUCUGCUUGACGAGCUUACUCGGCAUCGCUUUUAUGUCGCCGAGACAGUAGAAGACUGCUGUAGAUUAUUGGGGGGGCAGAAUGUGUUGCAGCGGAUAGGAAAUCUCCUGCAACAAGAGAUUCAUGCCGCCUCAGGCAACCAGGUGUGGCAAGGUCUUGAAUCUUGCUUGGCGUGCAUCGGUGCCAUUCACCGAUUUGUUCCGAGUGAUGAAGCCGAACUCUUGCCUCUGACCUUUCAGCUUGUUCCGCAACUACCAACGGAAAUCCGGCCACUUCGAUACACGGCCAGUAAGACGAUUGGAAAGUUUGCCUCCUGGUUGGCUUUUCAUCCUCACUUGUUACAACCACUGAUGCCAUAUUUGGCGCAAGGACUAUCCGUUCCCGAAUGCGCGCCUGCUGCUGCCGUUGCUAUUAAGGAACUCUGUGAAUGUUCCAACCAGUCGUUUGCGAUUGCUGAACCCGUCAUGGAGCUAUUCCAAGGUCUUACACCGGGAACUCUAGAAGUCGAGGACGAGUUACAAAUUCUGGAAGGCGUUUGCCGCGCUCUAUCAAGGCAAAUGCAAGACGCUCGUGGACGUGGAAACGAUACACAGGCCGCCUUGACUCGUUUGGCACAGCCUAUCGGUACGAGAUUGGCAGCGAGCGUCUCCGAACCCAAUUCUUCGCCGCGCCGAAUCAUCCCGGAAAUAGAGCGAUUGACUGUGCUUGUUCGGUAUUUAGUUAUACUUUACGAUGGCAAUGCAACUACAGGAUUGCACCCGAUGUUGGAGCUAACGACGUCGAUUUGGUCGUUUCUCGACGCUGCCGUCAUUCGAUUUCCAGGUGACAUUGUGUUAGCGGAAAAGAUUUGUCGACUGCACAAACACUCACUCCGAAGUUGUGGUGCACAAGCCUACAGUCCUAUGCUGGAUCGUUUGAUGACACAGCUUGUUCAAAGUUUUGAGCGAUCACACCAGUCUCCGUUUCUAUAUGCAGCGAGCAUUUGCAUUGCCGAGUAUGGAUCCGACUCCACCUACUCGAAUAGGCUACUUGGUAUGGUGUCGGCAAUGGCAACGACUUGCUUCUCAUUCCUUCGAAACGUUGACGAGCUGACUGCUCAUCCAGAUGUUGUCGAGGAGCUUUUCUAUAUGAUGGGUCGUAUGAUGAGCAACUGCCCUGAUCCGCUGGUGCAAAGUCCCCUGCUUCGAUCCCUGCUACAAUGCGCUGCGGUGGGUAUGCAGUUGGACCACCACGGAGCCAAUAAAGGAACACUCAAAUUUUUGGAGAAUACCAUAUCGUACGGUUUGUCCUUGCGAGAACAGAAGAAACCAGCGUGCCAAGCACCACUUGAGGAGGCACUUUCGCAGGAAGGUCAGGCCAUUGUAGUAAAUUUAAUGAAAGCCAUGAUGGGCGAUCUCCCGGAGUAUGGCAACAGUCAGAUUCCUGAAAUUUUGUGGAAGCUCAAUCUGCUGUGUCCUGGGCUUUUAACUCAGUGGCUUCAUUCGGCGUUUGCUGGGACGCUGACGCUCCCGGAGGGAGCAAAGAACGAUUUUAUUGCGGCCUUGGAUACCGGCUUGGCUCGUGACGAGUUUAGUAUGGCGGUGCGGGCGUUUCAAACCGCGUGCGAGCGACAGCGACGGCUGCGAAAAGGACCGCGGCGCAACUGA